CCUGCCAAUCGACGCUCUCUGUUCUAACGUAGCUGGAAAAAAGAUGGCGGCGCCCGUCAGAACAGCUCUCAAACGACUUUUGCAACAGGAGGGUGUCUGGCUCAGGUUGUGUACUACGGGAUGGCGUCACCACCAUAACCCCGCAGGUGCUUCGCUGCCCUAUGUACCCCGCAGAGCCGUGCUCUACUGCCCCGGCAAUGAUGAGCGAAAGCUGAGGAAACUGGCCACGCUGGAAGUUGACUGCGCCGUCCUGGACUGCGAGGAUGGCGUUGCCCUCAACAAAAAGACAGAGGCCAGGGAAAACAUUCCCAGGAUGUUGGCUGAAUUGAACCUGGGCCGGACGGAGAAGUGUGUGAGGGUCAACUCGGUGUCCAGUGGUUUAGCUGAGGCUGACCUACAAGUUGUCCUACAGGCUGAGGUUCUCCCCCCUGCUCUAAUGCUGCCCAAAGUGGAGGACACUCAAGAAAUUCAGUGGUUCGUUGACAGGUUUCAGCGCAGCUUGAAAGGACGGCCGCUGACGGGACCUAUUCGCCUGGUGACCUUUGUGGAAACGGCUGUGGGCCUGCUCAACUUUAAGGCGGUAUGCGGGGAAAUCCGUCGACUCGCAUCUGAGGCGGGCCUCCAUCAUGACGGUGUGGUGUUCGGUUCCGAUGACUUCUGCGCCAGUAUAGGGGCCACACGGACCAAGGAUGCCAAGGAGCUGCUGUACGCCAGGCAGAAAGUGGUCACCACCGCCAAGGCUUUCGGGCUGCAGGCGAUCGACCUGGUGUACAUUGACUACAAAGACGUGGAAGGGCUGAGGCAGCAGGCCCGGGAAGGAGCUCUCAUGGGCUUCACAGGUAAGCAGGUCAUCCACCCCGGGCAGGUCCAGGCCGUGCAGGAAGAAUUCUCUCCCAGUCAGCAGAGGGUCCAGUGGGCUAAAGAGCUCAUUGCUGCAUUCGAGCUACACCAGAAAGAAGGAAAGGGUGCAUUCACGUUCCACGGUAGCAUGAUUGACAUGCCGUCGCUGAAGCAAGCGCAGAACAUCGUCACGCUCUCUGCGGCCGUGCCACAGAAAUAAUGUGGCCACCAGGGACCAAAUACAAAGAGUUGUUGGUGGGGUGCUGGGGGCCAGGCAGGAACUGGACUUUGCUUGACAUUAAGAGAACAGUUUUGUUUCAAUUCAGUUUUAUUUUUUGGGGGACGAGGGGCGAAAAAAGGUAUGACCCAUCGUACUUUAGGACAACCUGGUCUCCCAGGGGCUUCUGGUGGAGGGACGCCAUCUUUCCUUCGUCACGUGCCUACUCCUUCACUCUGCUCAAGGUCAUCAUGAAAGCAUCUUGAUGGUUGGAGCUGCUGGGCGAAAAGGGUAAACAAAUACUAUUUUGAUUUGCGGGAGAUCCAUUCAACGUACCCCCCCCAACCCUCCCGCCUUAUUCAUGGGCCGGCUCAUGAACGCGGAACAACGUGAAUUCGCCAUUUAGCGUCUUUGUGUGGGUCCCUUGAGCAAAAGUCAUGCGGCUCCUUGCUCGGGCAGCCUGCGGGUCUAACUGUGGCCAAAUAUAAUAAAAGAUGCCUGAUCUCUCA